AAGUUUGAGUCGAGACGAUUGAUGCUACCAGUAACUAACUGCUAGCAUACCCUUGCUAGUUAGCUAGCUUUUUUGCAUCUAUCAUGGGAAAGUGCAAAUUUUUUGCCAGUUAGCUGGGCAAAGUUGGUACCUUUGGCGAGAAUUUUUUUCAUAGUGGUCUGAAAAAGAUCUUUUUCAGACCACUGAAACAGCUGAAGGGACAGAAGUUACAAUAUUGAUGGCAUUAAGUUUGGAGAAAAGAAAACUGAAAGAGAGAAGAAAGAGUCGACCCAGGAGAGGAUAAAUGUUUGAGGUUACUGGUAAUUCACUUCUAACGUACACAAAUGUAUCGCCCGUUGGUUGGACAAAAUUCGUACAUUUCUGUUGUGAUAUAGCUCUUAAAUUCCACCAUAAUGGUGUUAAAAAUGGUCUUUGAGUCAGUGAAAUCUGCAGAAGCCCAGUUUUAUGGGCUGAGAAAGGGACGCAGAGAAAGGGGAGCAAAAUUGACUUUGGACAUAAGGGUGACGAAAACAGCUGAAGUGACAGAAGUUACAUUAUUAGUGGCAUAUGUCUAUAGUCCAGAAAAGCUCAAAACCAGAGGAAACAGUCACUCCGUCAACCCAGGAGGGGACGAACGGGUAAAAAGAGGCAAGGACAAGGAAAAAACUAUCCCAAAACAGUGCCAGCAGCCUCAAUAAUUGCCUGAAUGCCAGUGGGAUUGCUUUCAUUCAAUCAGAGCAUUCUCUCUCGCUGUACGCUGAAGAUGGAGAUGGAGUUUUGGGAGCUGGGAGGUUGGGCAGAACAGCGCGGCGUGGGCGUGCGGGAGAUCCGGUAGUGCCCUCCCUCUCUCCCUCUCUGGGUAACGUACGGCUCCGAGGGCGAUCUCGCCCCGACAGCUGCCGAAUCUCUGGCAUCAGUGUGAGCAGCCGAGAAUGAGAAAAACUGUGUGUGUGAGAACAGAGUGAGGCGGCGAUAAGGAGGUAGAUGGACCACAGAGCUGACUUGUCACAAGUGACUAUGAGUCCAAGUUGUAUCUGACGGAGGAACCGGUGCCGCGCUCCCAUCCUCGCGCUCCUCCAACAACAACAACACUGUUCUUCAGCACCUUUGGCAGCAGCAGCGAGUCGCGUGACCCCGCUCCAGGCCGACCGGCUUCACCUGUACAUGGAGACCCCCAGCUGGGCAGGAAACACGUUGUGUAAGUCAGGAAGCAUUGCCGUCUUCGGGAACGUGGUGUACAGCGGACUGCUGAACGAUCACCUCUGGCAUUUGGGAGUGCCCCUCUUUACGAGACUGGGUAACCAAGAGGCCACCAACCCUCCUGAAGCGAUGGCCCAGCCCUACACCCCCGCCCAGUACCCGCCUCCCCCACAGAAUGGCAUCCCUGCAGAGUUUGCGACGCCGCACCCGCUCCCGACGCAGGACUACACCGGGCAGAGCCGGGUGCCCGAGCACGCCAUGACCCUGUACACGCCCACACAGACGCACAGCGAGCCGGCCGGCACUGACAACAGCACGCCCGCCAUCACCGCCACCACGACCGCACCGGUCAGUGCCCUUCAUCACCUGCAAACACUGUUCUCAACACGCUGUCAGCAAACAGAUGACGUGACGCAAACAGAGGGUUCUCAGCAGCUCCAGCUCCAGCACUCAGACUCUUCAGAGAAGCAGCAGCCAAAAAGGUUACAUGUCUCCAACAUUCCCUUCCGCUUCCGGGACCCAGAUUUGAGGCAAAUGUUCGGGCAAUUUGGAAAGAUUUUAGAUGUGGAGAUUAUCUUUAAUGAGCGAGGAUCCAAGGGCUUUGGGUUUGUAACUUUUGAAACAAGCACAGACGCUGAUCGUGCGCGAGAGAAACUAAACGGUACAAUCGUAGAGGGACGCAAAAUCGAGGUGAACAAUGCAACCGCACGAGUGAUGACAAACAAAAAGGUGGCCAACCCUUACACAAACGGCUGGAAGCUGAACCCGGUAGUAGGAGCCGUGUACGGUCCUGAACUGUAUGCUGUAACAGGGUUUCCCUACCCUGCCACAGGCGCUACGGUGGCCUACAGGGGUGCCCACUUGCGGGGACGAGGACGAGCCGUGUACAACACGUUCCGCACAGCUCCGCCUCCGCCACCCAUCCCUGCUUACGGAGCGGUGGUGUACCAAGAUGGCUUCUACGGCGCAGAGAUCUAUGGCGGCUAUGCAGCAUACAGAUUUGCCCAACCCACCACCACCGCUGCUUACAGUGACAGCUAUGGCAGAGUCUAUGCAACAGCAGACCCCUACCACCACACGAUUGGCCCUGCUGCCACAUACAGUGUGGGGACCAUGGCUAGCCUAUACAGAGGAGGGUACAGUCGCUUCACUCCCUACUAAAAGAAAGAAAAAAAGCGAGAAAAGACAGAGAGACAUUACCCCAAACAAAAAAACAAACUAUCUUUAGAAGGAAAAAAAAAGUCAAACACAUAACAAGCGAACAGCCGGUCCUUGGUGGAGAGCUAAAUCAAACAAAAAGCUUCCAGGUCCACAUGCUGAGCCCCUCCCCUGACACCCUCUACAACAACCUCUUUGAUGUCAUCAUUGGUCUGCUCUUGUUUUGUAUUCAUUUUGUGCUUCUGGUUUUCUUUUGGAAACUUUUAUGCACAUGUGCAUUAUCUUGAUUGCUGUAUAUGGGUGCUGUGUCACCAUAACCAAUGUGAGCCUACUGCAGCACGCAUGGUGCAUGCUCAGAGGUGUGUGUAUGCAGCCGCUGUCAUCUGACUGAGAAUACACCGGGUUGUUUCUGUCUCACACACAACAAGCAGAAAUCAGGUCAACGCUCGUGAUUCAAUCCACUUCUUAACAGAAAUGAAGCUAACUGAACCGAACCUGGUGAUUCUUAGCUCAAAGACAGCGCUGCUCUGACUGCUUUGGUUUUUUUGUUCCUUUUUUAACCUUAGAGUGUCCUACUGUUGUGCACUUGCAGUGGAGCCUUACAAGCUGUACAAUGUGGUAUGACAGCAUGCAGAGUUAAGGGUCAUGAAGGUCAGAUUUUUGUUUUGGAACUCGCAGCGCUCACAUGGUGGCCCCGUCUGCUGCAAAUCGCCGUACAUGCAGCUAUUCUGCAGCAGCGAGUGUUUUAGGGGAGUAACGCUGGCGGGUUGCGUUCAGGGACAGCAUGGAAAACAAAGAAGUAGCAUCAGCGUUGCCCGGCGGCAGCGUGGAUUCCCGUCUCGGCUAAUGCUCGGUGGCUUUUCUAAUACUUUGUGGAAGCGAUCGGUGUUGAAACCAAACCAAAUGAAGCGUGUACUUUGUGUUGUUUUUUCCUUUUGUUUGGUAAACGUCUCCUAAACACUCGUACCAGAAGAGAUGGCGUUCUCCUGAAUGUGUCGCUAAACUUAACGCAGCAAAGCAUGCACGAGCAGAAUCUCUGUUUUAUUAAAUAAAGCCCAUGAAAAAUCAGUAGAGACUGUAGCCUGUAAAUAAGAUUUAUUACACGACUGUUGUAAUGGAUUACUGUAGAGAAAUUAGAUUAGCGGAUCGACACAAGUUGCUUUAAGAACUUUUCUUGCUGCUGUUAUUGCACAUUGAGCUUCUCUGGUUUUUUGAUUUUCAUUAGAGUGAAACCGGCACUUUGAAGACGUCGCCUUUGACUCUGGAGAAUCAAGAUAAGAAUCCUCCGCUGUUUCUCCUCCCAUCAGCGGCUGAAUGAGCCAACUGGUUGGUGGCGUUAGCGUUGCAGUUUGCAGGCAGUUCCUCCCCUUAAACCGCCGUCUGAGCGAAUUAGCUGCAUGGGGGCUGAGUUUGCAGCAGACUCGGCCACAUAUCCUCACUAUUAACAUCAAGUCGCACACGCACAGUCAAGACACGGCGCAGAGGAGGGGCGAACCCUCCGCCAGUCACUGGGAUCUUUUCUUUAAGCAUUGCACAAAAUGUUUUACCUCAGGAUAAGCUAACUAAAGUCCACAAACUAAGAUCCAGAGCUGCUCACUCCUCAGCAUUCAGGACAAUUGUUUUCUUCCGCAACCAGCACGCUCCACCUCUACGGAGCCGAGAUGUUCUUAUUAUUUUCUGUUAGAGACCCCAGGAGAGAACGAUAAAAUAAGACUGUACUGUUCUGAGCUACAGCUUCUGUAAUAUAUAGAUAGACAUUUACUGUAUAAGACAUUUUACACAGGAAGAUAUAACCCAAAAGCACCCAGGCGUUAGGAGACGUAGAGCUAGUCCACAUCCAGUCAUUGGCUUCUACUUGUGCUACGUGAUUUAAAGGAAAUCUCUGUGUAGCUACUGUUAGCUGGUUUCAGUGCAGCUAUGGGAAAAAUCAAAGCUAUUGCCAAUAAUAUUUACUUUACAUGUACUCACACAAGUGUUUGUGAUCUCAAAAAAAAUGUCUGUUGCACUUUGUUUUGUUUUUUUUAUUUCUUUCUGAGAUGUAACAUAUUUAUGAAAUCUCUCAUAUACAGCUAGUCAUGUUUAGUCAAAAUGUUAAAAUGACAGAGUAAUGUUGUAUAUCAGAAAAAAAAGAAAAUUAGCUCAUUAUCUCAUGAGUCAAAGAAGAUCUUUAUGUGGAUAUAAAAGAGAAAAAAAACAUUGUUCUUCCUUUUCUAUGCUAGUGUGAAUGCCCCCACCAUUCAGGGGUUUUAUAAGGAGCAAAACAAACUUUGAGAAUUAUUUUUAGCAAACAGGAGAGUUUCAUGAGUGGGUGUUCAGUGAGUGGCCACCAUUAGCAAGCUAGCCUGGAAUGAAACCAACCUUUUUUCUGUUUUUCUGAUCUGAAUGUGUGUGCCUAUGACGUGCUAUAUAGAUAUAAAAUAUAUAUGAAUAUGCAUCAGAAUGUUUGACUGUGAUGGAGGAAGGAAACAAACAGGAAGAGAGCGUGACUUCACUCAGAGUCCCUGGAAUAACAUCACCACGUCUCCAACAAAAUUAUUUUUACAUUUUCAUCAACUGCAGAGUUCAAAUGUCAACAUCACAUUUAGCAACAGUUUUAAGAAUAUAAUGUUAUUUCAACUCCUACAGAAGGAUGAUAAACAUUUUCUUUACCAUCUCCUUCAUAAAUAAGAAAAAUGUAAUUAUGUUUUUCAUAUUUAGCCCUUAGAUAAAAAGCUUCUGUUGAUCAAUAACCGUUUACAGAAUCAUUUUCUAAACUCUGACUGUUUAGAAAAUAUGAAAAGUAAAAAAAAAAUUGUAGUGAUUUUCUUAUCUGACAUUAGCUUUUUUAAAUAGCAUUUUCUCACAUAAAAUAAAAACGAUUUAUAAAGUAGUAAGUUAUCUGUUGUAUUUCUAGACGUAAAGAAACGUUUUCUGUAAAUAUAUAUUUGUAGAGUAUUUGGACCUUCUCAGCAGCCUCAUAUAAAAUCGUUUUCUGGUUUCGCAAACAUUUCUGAUGAUUAUUUAAUCGGUAAAAUCAGAUUAAAUUUAGCUUGUUCUUCUCUGCUUGGUCCAAACCUUUUGUCACCUGGGCCAAAGUCAAGACCUGAGGGCCAAAAAAACUUUGGUUUUACCGGCUCAAAAAUAAACUAAGCAUCCAAUAUGUUAAUGAAAUACAUACAGUAGUCAGAUUUGUUGUUUUGAUUGCAGGAAAAUGUCACUGGUUGAUAUUCCCUCAUACUUUGGCAACCAGGAAGUCUUCUGUAUUUAUACUUGGACAUGAAGGGUUUAAAGUGUAAGAGGAAAAAUGGCGGCGCUCCUUCAUCAGUCUGAUUACCAGAGGAGCUGCCAGGUUGAUGUGAAGACAAAGAGCAAAUUUACCAUCAAACUCUGUGCAUCUGUGUUGAAGUUGUCCAUCAAGCAUCCAUGAGCGAAUUUUGACAACUACUUUUAAUAUCAGAAAUGCAAAACCAAUAUUAUUUGCAGUCAAAUAUUAAAAUCAGAAUGAUGACUAAGGUUGUGUUUAAAUGACUCAGCUUUUCAUUCUGGCUCCGCAUGCAGAGUAAAUUUUCAUGGAAACUGUUAGAUUUGUUGCUCUGGUAAUUUUAAAAGGAGCUUAAUUAGUUUGGAGAUGUUUUAUUCUGUAAAUAGAUUACGGCUUUAAUAAUAGUUUCUCCCAAUGAUUUGUGGUUCAUACUGCUGAAAUGGACUUUUUAAUCCAUUACGGUCAUCAGAGUGUGGUGAUACACUAAUUCGCUUUUGGUAAUUACACUGAAUGUUAAAGCAUUAGCAUAUGCGAUGCAAUUAAGAGGAAAUGGAGAUGUGUUUGUGAAUGUAAGUUAUCCCGACAAACAUCUCGCUGCGAGGGAAACCUUUUCCUUUUUUCCCCUGAUGUGAUGUUAUUUCCGGGACGAGUGGGUCGAUGUCAGGAGCCGCUCCUAACAGUCUGCACGGGUUUGUCAACAGUUUACAGAAAAAGUUCAAAUUAGCUGUUUCAAUGUCAGCUUAUCAAGGCUUAAAUGUUAUAGAUAUAAUAUUAAUUAGCAUUCUAUAGUGUAAAGAUCUAAUGCAUUUUAUCAUGCUUACAGUAAGUCAAAUGUGAAUUUAUAGUACAAAGACUCUAACUUUUAGGUUUGUUUGCUUUUGUUGUACUUCAUAACCAGCUUAAUAUGCAACCAGUCCUCUAUUUGAUCCACUUGUUUACACUUAUUAAUAGUAGUACUGAGCUAUGUUUACAUAUGAGAAGAAAAUACUCUUUAUGCAUCGUUUAUAUUUACAAGUAUCCACUAAGCCCUGAUAAGCUGGCAGGUGAGUUUAUUAAUCCACCUAAAAAUAUUUGUACAAAAGAAAACCAAGCAAAAAAGUUGCAGCACCUGUAAAUACAUUUAAAUGUAUAUACACACAAACUAUAUCAUGAUUCUCUGAGUAACUGUUUUAUAUGUAUUCCUAUAUGAAGUGGGGUUAUAUGUGUAUUUUCAACUUAGCUCAACCUGUUCUUGAACUCUAUGUAAUUUCUAUAAUGAGAAUAUAUUGUCUGAAAGGUGUAAAGUAAUUUUCUUUGAGAUUAAUUUCAUAGGUAAAAGGUUUACUAUAAUGAAACUUUUAGUUAUUCUUGAGAUCUUUCUGUUGUCAGUAUGUGACAUAUAAGUAACCACUGAUUGUUUUCUGAGUGUCAGAAUAAAGCAGUUCUAAGAACAUUA